AUGCUCUACGAGCUCUGCGCCAAGCACAACAUCCCGCACCGCAACACCAAGAAAUGGAUCGUCGCCCAAACCCCCGAGCAAUGGGAAGCGUGUCUCCGUGUCCACGAGCACGCGCAAUCCCUCAGCGACGCGCCCACCCGGAUCGUCGGCUCCGACGAAGCAGCCCGCCGCGAACCCCACGUGAAAGCCGAUGCGGGCAUCGUCGAAAGCGAAACAACCGGAAUCGUGGACAGCCAUUCCCUGAUGACCUACCUGCACGGAGACUUCGAAGACCGCGGCGGCGACUGCGCGUUCAAGACCCGCGUGACGGCCGUCGAGCCCAUUGCCGGCGGCGGGUACAAGAUCACCGCUGUCUCGGACGAGGACGGGUCCGUGACCUCGUUCACUGCCGACACACUGAUAAACAGUGCUGGCCACGGCGCGUGCGAAAUCAACAAUAUGCUUCUCCCCGAAGACCGGCACCGCACGCCUUAUUAUGCGAAGGGCACGUACUUUUCUUUACGGCUCUUCCCACCCUCGCACGUCGGUCCUGGUAUAUCCCGCCACGCUGCCGGGCCACGGCGGUCUUGGAACUCAUUUGACAUUGGAUCUGGGCGGGCGCAUCCGCUUUGGGCCGGAUGUGGAAUGGGUGGAUGA